UCUUUCUUAUUUUCUCUCUUGAUAAAUUACAAUCCUUAAUUUUGUUAAACUAUGUCAUUCGAUCACAUUUUCAAUUCUUCGCAUGUUGCUUGCUCAUUAGAUAUGUUGAUUCGAUGAUUACUUGGUUUCUGGUUGAUUUCGGAGGUUAAUUGGGGAUAAAUUCUUUGCUGAUUUGGCUUAAAUUUAUUGAAUUUUGUGUGGUUAGGGUUUUCAAUUUUUUGAUUUUGAUACAACGAUGCACACCCCCAAUUUAGGGUUUUUGCGUUGAGUCUUUUAGAUGACUGAUUGAUUCGCUUGUGGGAUUUACAUCGAUUAUUGCGGUAUGAUUUUGUCUGAAUUGUGCAAUUUGAUAAAAUUGGUAUGAGGAAUUUGAUAUCUUUUCUGAAAAUUCAAAUUUAGGAGUACAUAUGUUUGUAAUUUUAUGGUUAUAAUUGUUUGUUAUGGAGCAAGCAUUAUUUGAAAAAGAAUUGUGAUUCUAAUUGAUAAAUGAAAACGAGGGGAGCUUUAGCCGAGCUGAAACUUAUUUAUCCGAAGCCAUUAUUCCUGAGUGAGAGGUCAAUAACGGUUUGUUCUUCUUUUGAGCAAGAUGAUUUACUGGUCUUAUGGUUUCUUUUUAAGUUGAAUAUUUAUGCCUGGCAGAGUCAAAGUUGAAUCGGUUUCCUUACACCCUUAGUUCAGCUGAAAGAAAUUAUGGGAUUAUCAUUUGCCUUGAUUGCUUAGUUUUACAUGGUUGUAAAAGUUUGAUAAUUCGACUUAUGAAGUUGUGGUGACAAGUGAAAUUAAGGUUGCUUGUUUGGAGAGGAAUAGGCUAUUGAAGCCACAUUAAGUAAGCUCGGUUUCCUUUGAUCCACUACCUUUGCUAUCAAGGGAGCUACAGAUUGGCAGUGGUUCUAAUCAAAUGAUACUUCUGCAGUCUCAGUCAAAGUAUCUUCUCCAACUCCUCACAAAUCGCCUUCAAAAUCUUGACAAAGGAGUUGAACUGGACUGCCAAUGGAUUGAGUUUGAUGACGUGCGAUUCAACGUCCAGACUUCUGUGAAGAACUCUCACAUCUUGCUGCUGUCUCUGUCAUUACCAACACCACCUGCUGGAGCAUUGUUUGUUGGAGGACUGCCUUAUGGAGCCAUAGAAGCUAUAAAAGCUGCAUAUGGAACAGUGGUGCAAAUUCUUGAUCCUCCAAAAGACGGUUUUAAUCUCACACUGAAGCUGAAUUUCUCAAAGCUUUCUCCAGAUGAAGACACUAGACAGGCUCUGUUGAUGAAGGUUGCCUCUGUUAGGGAAGUGGUACUUGGUGCACCUUUAAGGGUGAUCCUAAAACAUCUGGCUUCGAGGUCACUUGCUCCCAAUAUGGAUCAAUUAGUUUCUAUAGUGCACCGGCCUAAUGAAUCAUUCUUUCUUAUACCUCAGAUCGAAAAAGUGACGGUCAUAUAUCCCAUGAGAUUUAAGGAUUCCACAGAUACAUGUUUAGCAACUUCUUUUCUGCAGGAAUUCGUAGAAGCACGGCGUACUGCUAGUGCUGGACUAAAUAAUGCUCCUUCUUGCCAAUGGUCACCAUCAGCACCUCAAGAACUUGAGGGAAUUCCUGCAAAAGAGUUAUCUGCAAAUGCUGGCUUUGUUUCCUUUGUCAUUUUCCCACGUCAUGUCGACAGCAAGAAGCUAGAUAGAACGGUUUGGAAUUUGUCAACCUUUCAUGCAUAUGUUAGUUACCACGUCAAGUGCUCUGAAGGAUUCAUGCAUACUCGAAUGAGGCGCCGUGUGGAAUCUUUGAUUGAGGCACUUGAUCGUGCCAAAUCAGAUCAGGAUAAGACAAAGAAAGCAGGGACUAAAACAUCCUUUAAGCGGCUGAGCAUAAAGGAUUCUAGAAGCAAUUCAAAUUCAAGGGCUUCAGCUAGUUGGAAAUAAUUUUGUUGAUUGUGGAGGUAAUCUUGGAAUCUUUCAACUCUACACAUUUGCAUUGAAUUGCUUCAGCUCCAGCUUUUUACAAAUUGUGCCUGGCACAUUCAAUUACACGUGGUCGCUCAACUCUAAAGAAGGGUGCUAUUUUUUUCGCUUUCCGCCCUGGUUAUCUUGUACAAAUUUCGUACCCGUGGAGAUGUAAGCUGAGCGAAGUCCAAUCCCACCAUUUUUCGUAGUCUUGAAGUUAGGUAUUCUUUGCCAUUUAACUUGUAGUUCACACUAGUUGAGAUUAGAAUUCCUUUAUCAUGUAAUGGUAGUUGGUGUUAUUGUUUCCUGUUUCUGGUAACUUUGAAAGGUGUUUGUACUUUGUAGCGUCUGAUGUAUGGCAUUAUGGUUCCUUUUAUGCACAUGAAUACCCUCUGUCCGUAAAACUUGGAGCUUAUAUGUGAACCUAAACCGUUUAUGGUUUGGUUGAUGGGUUUUUUA